AUGAAGGUCUUCGUCGUAGCUUUGGCCCUGAUUGCCGUCGUCGUGGCCCAGGAAGAAGUCGUCAGAUAUACUACCAAAUUCGACAACAUCGAUGUGGAUGAGAUCUUGAAGUCGGAUCGCCUGUUCAAGAACUACUUCCAGUGCCUGUUGGACGAGGGCCGUUGCACACCGGAAGGCAACGAACUGAAGCGAGUCCUACCGGAUGCCCUGGAGACGGCCUGCUCCAAGUGCAGUGACAAACAACGUAGCGCCGGAGUCCGUGCCGUCAAGUACCUGAGCGAGAAUCGACCGACUGAGUUCAAGGCACUGCGAGCUCGCUUCGAUCCCGAGAACAAGUACAUCGAUCAGUACGUUAAGGAUGCCGAAAAGGAGGGAAUCACGCUGAAUGUUUAG